CACCACAAGUUCUAAGACCUUCCAAGUUCAGGAAGAAAGUAUCAGCUUCCCCAUUGAUAACCAGGUGCAAUGUACCCAGCAGGCCCAGUGUGAAUGAACUGGAGGCUUCUCUACAACAUGACCCAUAGGGACAAUGUGGAUCCUGUUGGCAGCCUGAAGUUUGUGACUCUCUUGGUGGCCCUAAUUCCAGAACUCUUAUUCCUGGGAGCUGGAGUGAAGCUUCAGGACAAUGGGUAUGAUGGAUUACUCAUUGCAAUCAAUCCUCAGGUAUCUGAAGAUCAGAACCUCAUCCCAAACAUUAAGGAAAUGAUAACCGAAGCUUCUUUUUACCUAUUCAAUGCUACCAAGAGAAGAGUGUUUUUCAGAAAUAUAAAGAUUUUAAUACCUGCUACAUGGAAAGCUAAUAAUUACAGCAAAGUAAAACAAGAAUUAUAUGAAAAGGCAAAUGUCAUAGUGACUGACUGGUAUGGGGCACAUGGAGAUGACCCAUACACACUACAAUACAGAGGGUGUGGAAAAGAGGGAAAAUACAUUCAUUUCACAUCUAACUUUCUACUAAAUGAUGACUUAACAGCUGGCUAUGGACCACGAGGUAGAGUAUUUGUCCAUGAAUGGGCCCAUCUCCGUUGGGGUUUGUUUGAUGAAUAUAACGAUGAGAAACCUUUCUAUAUAAAUGGGCAAAAUCAAGUUAAAGUAACAAGGUGUUCAUCUGAUAUCGCAGGCAUUUUUGUAUGUGAAAAAGGUCCUUGCCCCCAAGAAAACUGUAUUAUUAGUAAACUUUUCAAAGAAGGAUGUAUGUUUAUAUAUAAUAGCACCCAAAAUGCAACAGCAUCGAUAAUGUUCAUGCAAAGUUUAUCUUCUGUGGUUGAAUUCUGUAAUGCACGUACGCACAACCAAGAAGCUCCAAACCUACAGAACCGAAUGUGCAGCCUCAGAAGUGCAUGGGAUGUAAUCACAGACUCUGCUGACUUUAAUCAUAGCUUUCCCAUGAAUGGGACUGAACUUCCACCGCCUCCCGUGUUCUCUCUUAUUCAGCCUGGGGACAAAGUGGUCUGUUUAGUCCUGGAUGUGUCCAGUAAGAUGGCAGAGGCUAACAGACUCCUUCGACUGCAACAAGCAGUAGAAUUUUACUUGAUGCAAAUUGUUGAAAUUCAUACCUUUGUGGGCAUCGUCAGUUUCAACAGCAAAGGGGAGAUCAGAGCCCAACUACACCAAAUUAACAGUGAUGAUGAUCGAAAGCUAUUGGUUUCACACCUGCCUAUGACUGUGUCAGCAGAAGCAGAAACCAGCAUUUGCUCAGGGCUUAAGAAGGGAUUUGAGGUGGUUGAAAAGCUGAAUGGAAAAGCCUAUGGCUCUGUGAUGAUAUUAGUGACCAAUGGAGAUGAUGAGCAUAUUGACAAUUGCUUACUCACCGCACUCAGCAGUGGUUCAACCAUUCAUUCCAUUGCCAUGGGCUCAUCUGUGGUUGAAAAUCUGGAGGAAUUAUCACGUCGUACAGGAGGUUUAAAGUUCUUUGUUCCAGAUAAAUCAAACUCCAACAGCAUGAUUGAUGCUUUCAGUAGAAUUUCCUCUGGAACUGGAGACAUUUUUCAACAAUGUAUUCAGCUUGAAAGUACAGGUGAAAAUGUUAAACCUCACCAUCAAUUGAAAAACACGGUGACAAUGGAUGACAGUGUGGGCAAUGACACAACCUUUCUAGUCGCGUGGCAGAUCAGUGGUCCCCCUGAGAUUCUGUUAUUUGAUCCUAAUGGAAGAAAAUACUACACAAAUAAUUUUAUCACCAAUCCAGCUUUGCAGACUGCUCGCCUCUACAUUCCAGGAACUGCUGAGCCUGGGCUCUGGACCUACACACUGAACAAUACCCAUCAUUCUCUUCAAGCCUUGAAAAUGACAGUCACCUCUCGCGCCUCCAGCUCAGCCAUGCCCCCUGCUACUAUAGAAGCCUUUGUGGAAAGAGACAGCACCCAUUUUCCCCAUCCUGUGAUGAUUUAUGCAAAUGUGAGAAAGGGGAUUUAUCCCAUUCUGAAUGCCACUGUUACUGCUACAAUUGAGCCAGAGGCUGCAGAUCCCAUUGUGCUGAAACUUUUUGACAAUGGAGCAGGUGCUGAUAUUAUAAAAAAUGAUGGAAUUUACUCGAGGUAUUUUUUCUCCCUUGCUGUAAAUGGUAGAUAUAGCUUGAAAGUGCAUGUCAGUCACUCCCCCAGCAUAAGCAGCCUAACCUACUCUAUUCCAGGGAGUCGUGCUAUGUACAUACCAGGUUACAUAGCAAACGGCAACAUUCAAAUGAAUGCUCCAAGAAAAUCAGCGGGCAGGAGUGAGGAGGAGCAAAAGUGGGGCAUUAGCCGAGUCAAUUCAGGAGGCUCCUUUUCAGUGCUAGGAGUUCCAGCUGGCCCCCAUCCUGACAUGUUCCCACCAUGCAAAAUUACUGACCUACAAGCCGUCAAAGUAGAAGAUGAGGUGAUUUUAUCUUGGACAGCACCUGGAGAAGACUAUGAUCAGGGCCAGGCUAACAGCUAUGAAAUAAGAAUCAGUAAAAGUUUACAGAAUAUUCAAGAUGACUUCAACAAUGCCAUUUUAGUGAAUACAUCAAAGCUAAAUCCUCAGCAAGCUGGCACCAAGGAGGUAUUUACAUUCUCACCAAAGCUUUUCACAAAUGGACCUGACCACCAACCUGAUGGAGAGACACAAGAAAGCCACAGAAUUUAUGUGGCAAUACGAGCAAUAGAUAAGAACUCCUUAAAGUCUGUUAUAUCUAACAUUGCCCAAGCAUCUCUGUUUAUUUCCCCAAAUUCUGCUCCUAUUCUUACCAGAGACCAUCUUAUACUGAAAGGAGUUUUGACAGCAAUGGGUUCAAUAGGAAUCAUUUGCCUCACUAUAGUUGUAACACAUUGUACUUUAAACAGGAAAAAAAAAGCAGACAAGAAAGAGAAUGGAACAAAAUUAAUAUGAGCAAAUGUAUAGGGUACCUUCCUUCUUAGAUAUAAGACACAUGGCCUUUGUGCUUUAGAAAAACAUACCAAUAAAGUCAAAUUAACAUCAGAA